CAAAAACGUCAAAAUCGUUUUAUUGGUUAAAUAAAUUGUAAACAAAAAUGUAUAUUUUGUUUAGAGUUUAGGUACAUGUUAUAAUCAAUAAAAAGAGAAAUGAAUAAAAAGAUAACUUUUGGAAAAAUUAGUGCUAAUUUUAGCCAAAACUCCGAAAAAAUUGAAGCCACCGGUUCAUUCGGAACAUUUGGCCCCCCUAAAGCUAUUCAAGCCCUAGAGGAGGAUACAGAAUCACAACAAUUAAAAAAUGUUAUGGGUAUAUCAACCUUUGGCAAAAAGGCCAAGUCCUUCGAUAUUAAAGACAUGAUUGCACAGGUAAAGGCAACUGCUCGAGAAAUAACUAAAAAACCGGAAGAAGAUGUUGCAGUAGAAGAAAGUGAUAGCGACAGUGAUGAUGAUUUUGUAGGGCCCCCAGUACCUGAAAAUUUUUUAGCUAGUAAUCAAGAGAAAAGUAAGGAGGAAGAAAGUAAACACAGUGAUAGUAGUGAUGAAGAAGAUACUGUAAAAGAUGAUGAUUUAUUUAUUCCUUGUUCCCAUGAGACACAAAUGACUCAUGGAACUAAAGCUGUUACUGCUCUUUGUGUCGAUCCAAGUGGUGCUCGACUUGCAUCAGGAUCUAUAGAUUAUGAUGUCAGUUUCUGGGAUUUUGCUGGUAUGGAUUCCAGUAUGAGAAGCUUCAGGACAUUACAACCAGCUGAUAAUCAUCCCAUUCGAGGUUUACACUAUUCUAGCACAGGUGAUCUAUUAUUAGUCAUAUCUGGCGCAAGUCAAGCUAAAGUGAUAGACCGAGACGGCUUUGAAAAACUAGAAACUGUUAAGGGUGAUAUGUACAUAACGGACCAGGCAAAAACCAAAGGGCACACAGCAGGAUUGUUGGCAGGACUUUGGAACCCCAUAAUUAAGGAAGAAUUCUUAACAACCAGUGCUGAUGGGACAGUAAGAACUUGGGACUUCUAUGAAGGUGGUAAACAGCAUAAACAAAUUAUAAAAUGCAGAGCGCAGAACGGGCUCAAAGUCUCUCCCACUGCAGUGAACUACAACCGAGAAGGAAAAGUAAUAGCCUGCGGAUGCGCAGAUGGUUCUUUACAACUAUGGGACUUCCGAAAAAGUUCUGUAGCUCCAGCCAAACAAAUCAGGAAAGCGCAUUUGCCCGUUGAAAUUACUAGUAUCUGUUUUUCACACAUUGGAGAUCAUUUGCUGACAAGGAGCUGUGACGAGAGUAUGAAGUUGUGGGACGUGAGGAAUUUUAAAGAGAGUGUACAUGAAAUUAAGAAUUUGUACACUAGGUAUGAUACGACUGAUGCUAUUUUUAGCCCCAAUGAUGCUGUGGUUGCGACUGGACUUUCUUUGGACAAAGGUCAGAAAAACGGCGUCGUUCUUUUCUACGAUACAAAAACGUUCAACCUCAUUAGAAGAAUACCAAUUACAGAUUCGCAUACAAUAAAACUCUCCUGGCAUCCGAAGCUCAAUCAAAUUUUCGUUGGAACGGGCAACGGACUUAUAAAAUGUUACUACGACGAAAGAAAGAGCUUGAGAGGGGCCACUUUAUGUGUCAUAAAACACCAUCGCAAAGCUCAACACUCGGAAGUUGUUAGUUCUCAACAAAUCAUCACGCCUCACGCUUUGCCCUUGUUUAGGCAAGAAAGGAGAAAGACGAGUCGAAAACAAAUGGAGAAAGAUAGACUAGAUCCAGUGAAAUCCAAGAGACCCGAUCUACCUAUCACAUCUGGUCAAGGUGGCAGAGUGGCUUCUAGUGGAGGCACACUCAGCAGCUAUGUCAUACGGAACUUGGGAUUGAGCAAAAGGGUAGAAGAUGAUCAAGAUCCCAGAGAAGCAAUUUUGAAGUAUGCUAAAGACGCCGAAGAAAAUCCGUACUGGAUUACUCCUGCGUACAAAAACACACAGCCCAAACAGACAUAUACUGAUGAUGGAGAUGAAGAGCCCGAAAAGAAGAAGUCAAAGAAUGACUAAAUUAAAUCUUCAAGUUGUAAAUAUAUGUUAACUUUUGUAAAUUUUAA